CAAACCUCGGCGAUGUUUGUUCUCCGACUGAAUCACUCGACUCCAGAGGCCAACUCAAAGAAACGAGCUCGGCUUUUUAUCCUGCCGAGACCAGAGCUGUGUAAGUGAGCGCCUGUAGAAUGGAUCAGYUGGCUGGACUCGUGUGAUCGGACAUGGAGGCCGUCGGCGCCGUCAACGCCACGCAGGAGGAGCUCCACUUCCUGCCCCUGCCCGACAAUGACCCCGACAACCUCGGUUACCACGACUACGGCUCCAACAUCGGCAUCCCUCCUCCGGUUCUGCCCACGGGGUUCGGGGCUGGCGGGGUGUUUCCCGAGGACCCCAUCAGGCUGCUCAGCGUCCAGGUGGUCCUGAUCCUGGCCUACAGCACCAUCAUCGUCCUGGGGGUCCUGGGGAACUCUCUUGUCAUCUACGUCAUCUAUCGCUUCAAAACACUCCGGACCGUCACCAACUUCUUCAUCGCUAACCUGGCUGUCGGUGCAUCGUGUACCACCUGGAGACCAGGAUGCGUAAAGACGUGUGUUUCGGAGUGAUCGCACUGACCUGGGUGCUGAGCGCCGUGCUCGCCAGCCCCCUGGCCAUCUUCAGAGAGUACGGCUCGUUCACGCUGGAGCCUGGACGCACGAUACAGGUUUGUGCAGAGAAGUGGCCCGGCAAAAACACAGACGGUACCCUCUACAGCAUCUCCAUGCUGAUCCUGCAGUACUUCCUGCCGCUGUCCAUCAUUUCCUUCGCCUACGCCCGCAUCUGGUCCAAACUCCGAGGCCAUGUCAGCCCCGCGGAGAACGGCGGCAACAGCAGCGCCAGCUCCGAGAGGCACCGCCGGCGCCGCAAAACCACCAAGAUGCUGGUGACCAUGGUGGUGGUGUUCGCCGUGAGCUGGCUGCCCUUCCACGCCUUCCAGCUGGCCACGGACAUCGACAGCUCCGUGCUGGACAUGCGCGACUUCCACCUGCUCUACACCAUCUUCCACGUGAUCGCCAUGUGCUCCACCUUCGCCAACCCGCUGCUGUACGGCUGGAUGAACCGCAACUACCGCGCCGCCUUCCUCGCCGUCUUCAAGUGUCAGCGGGAUAGGGGGCGGGGCGGCCGACUGGACAGCAUUCAUCCGGUUGGGGGUGAGGGAGGCGGGGGCGGUGCUGGGGGAGGCAGGGCAAAGAAGAUCGUCCUGGAGACGCAGGACGCCAUGUCGGCUCACUUGAACGCCACCGAUGUGUGAGAUCCUGGAAGAAAACGGUGGAGGAGGAAAAAAGAUCCAAGAAGAAACUCCACGAGGACAAAGAGUGAAAAUAGCAACAACAGAUGAGAAGGAAGCCAGCGGGGAGGAUUUAAACGUUUCUAACAUCCCAGAAUAGACGAGGAGGUGGAGACAGUCUGGAUUACAGGAAGAAUGAGAAGAUGGAGAGGAGCUGCUGAAUGAAUGACUCAAAGACUCCUCAAACAGUCCAACCUGUGUGUCUGAGGGUCUGACCUGGAGAGAGUCGUCCCCCCAGGACGGCUGUUAAAGGAAAACUCAUCUGCAUCUGACGCCAAAACAGGAAACGAGUCACUUUGAUGAAAGAAGAAUAAUAUAAAAAUAUUUAAAGAGAAACUGGGAUAAGGCUGAAGCAUUCAUUUAACCCYGAGUGGCUUAUUAAAGUCUAAUCUGAAGCUGUGGCUUGUUGAAGGUGGAUGAUGGGUGAUGAAAGCUCUGAGAAAKGUUUAACGUGGCUGUCAGAGGGAAGAAACCAUGGACAUGUUAUUUUUCUUAUAAUCAAAAAAUAAAGUGCCAAGAAAAGAGACAAAGUAAAAUAAUUUAUUUAAAAUGGAAACAAAAGAUUUUAGCUUCUAAUCAGCUGAAGCCAACAUAUGAAUGUCUGAAAAACAAACACUUGAUCGACCGAUCGGUUUAUGGUUUAUUAUUUUUAUACAUGUUUUUAGCUUUGCUUGCUGUGGCUGUAAAUUUGAUCGUUUGAUUUUGCUUCUUAAAAAAACACGAGAACACCUGAGAGUUUGAUUAACUCCCUGAUAAGAAUCGACCGUUUGUUUGCCUGAAUCGUUGAUUCUGACCSUUUGAUCAAACUUCAUUACAGAAGUUAAUUAAAGAUUGGAAAUGAUUAAAAACUGAAAAGAAGAAUGGUCACGAUGUAAAACCCUUUAAAUUGGCUAUUUUUUGAUAGUUCUGGGGUUUUGUGUUUUAAAACCUGCUCUAGUCUUUAUCAGGUUCUAAAUCAACUCUAACUGAACCUGAAGAGAACAAAGCAACAGAUUCCACUGAGUCAGCUUUUAUUCUACAGAAUCUGGAUCCAGCAGCUUCUGGACCUGGUUCGGUCUGGAGGUCAGGCUCUGGUUCUGGACCCUUGAUUCCUCAGACAGAUCAGCGGUCUGAAAUCUUUCUACUCGAGUCGCAAUUCAUGAAACCCCAAAACUGACUUUAUUUGUUUGAGUUAAUUAUUUUUAUCAUCACCUUUUCCAGAUGACUCAUGAUUCUGUACUUUGGCCUUCCAGACUUCUGAGCUUAAACCAGUUCAUGGCUGAUAAAAACACUUCUGCUCAACUUGCCUGGGAUAAAAUCUUUCUGCUGUCGUAUUAAAUCACUUCUAUAAAAGAAAAAAAAGUCCAGCAGAUGGAUAAUUUCUCUAUUAAMUCUAUUAACCCUCUAUUAACUUCAUUGUUCAGAAGUGAUUAGCAUUUUAUUGGUUAUAAUUAUGAGUUUSUAAUUUAACUGCCUGACUGUAAUCACAGCUGUGUGUCUUUCUGUCAGGAGCUAAACCAGCAGGUUCUGCUUCAAACAGGUUGAUUCUGAUGAAAAUAAAUAAAAAUAAAAAGCCAGCAGUUCAUAACUGGAACAAAACUGUGACAUGAGAGGGAGGAUCAGACACCCGGGACGAGAACUAAAACCCUUCGUUUUUUUUUCUUCGUGUCUCUUUGACCUGAAAACUCUGAGUCCUUCUGUUCCCUCGCAGGGAUUUGUCUCUGUGGCCUCGUUUCAACCCUUCAGCUGUCUGCUACUGAUUGACUGUCCGGACUGAAGCUAAAGCUUCCAGUGGGGGAUUUCACUCCAUUUGUCCAUCCAUCCAUCCAUCAUCCAUCCAUCCAUCCAUCCAUCAUCCAUCCAUCCAUCCAUCCAUCCAUCCAUCCAUCCUCAGGGUCAUAAGGAGCUGGUUCCUGUCUCCAACAGAUGGAUGAGAAGCUGGGUUUUACCAAAAACACACCAAACUGUGAUGUCCAUCUCAGCCACUUUAUCAGGUCCAGCUUGCCUGUACCGAGCUGGACUCUGUUUUCCUUCAGAACUGCCUUAAAUCUUCGUGGCAUCGGUUCAACGAGACGUUGGAAACAUUUUAACACGAUAGCAUCGAGAYUGGAGUCUCCUGUUCCACCCCAGCCCGAACGGGAUUCUGCAGACUGUGGUUGGAGCGAGUGGUUAUCUGAGCCGCUGUUUUUCCAUCAUCUCAACCCAGUCGGUCGGUCGCUCUCUGGUUGUUGAUUUUUUUUGACCAUUCUCUGUAAAUCCUGGAGAUGGUUGUGCGUUGAAAUCCCAGUUUCAGAAGAACAACAUCCACACCUCGAUUUUUUUUAUCCCCGUUUUGAUGCUUGCUUUAAACUUUAGAAAUUGUCUUCUCCACAUGCCAAUCAAAUGUCCAUUAGCUGAUUAGCUGUGUUGACAAGCAGCUGAGUUGUGGCUAAUAACGGAGUUAGCAUGCUAACAAGAGGGCAGAUAAACAAGUUGUCUGUCUUUUAUCCAAUAUUAUCUUCAGAAAACAAAACCUGUUUCAAGGUGUAAAAAUAUGUUAAAAUGAAGAAAAAUAACUUUUAACCUUUAAAUACCAUUAAGAAAYCAAGUUUUAGUGGCUCAAGAUAUGAGAUGAGUUCUCUUCAGAUAAUAGUUUCAAACAUCUCUGCUUCCAUCUGUCCAUCCUCACAGCAUUAAAGUUUUCAUGUUGAGAAAUUUUGUUAAUGGCACUAAUUUUUAUACAUUUCCUGCUUCUGAUUUUACUGUUUUUAUUGCCUCUUGGUUAGUUUUUUUUUUUUAAGUUUUGUUUAUGGAAAUAAAAAAAGUCUUGUUGUUGAACGUGUUAAUAUUUGGAUGCUGCUUGACUUUUCUGAAACGUGAAUGUAAACUGCUUUGUAUCAUGGCUGUAAUGUUGUAAAAUGUUUAAUUCUGUGUAAAUAACCGUGUGAACGACUGUAACCAAGCACAAAGUGUUGGCCUUUACUGGUGUCCAACUACAGAUAUCGUCAAGCACAA